UUGAUCCAAAUUUACAAAAGAUCUGUGCGUUGCGUCUAUGCUUUCUUUGAAAAGUCUCUCUUUGCCUUCGUUUGUCAGCUUCUCGAGUCUAUCUCUAGUCUUUCUUGAGCUCCAUUUUUAGUAUUUUAGCUACUGGUUUUGAUAACAGAGGAGGCUGUGGCGAAUAAUAAUAGUAGGAGAAGACCAGAAGCUUGAAGGGAUCACGGUACGCGGUGGUAGAUUGGAGGAUGGGAGGAGAGACGGGAGCGCCUACGCCCCAGGGGCCGCCGGUGGUUCCGACCGCACCGCCGUCGGUGCAGAUGCAGAUGCCGAUGCCGAUGCCGACGGCUGCUGGGUUUGGAGACGUCCACCCGACUCACCCGCCCCUCGAGCAGCUUCCCAAUCUUCAGUUUUGCCUCCAUUCCAACCCUUCGUGGCCUGAAAUGUUUGCACUUGCGUUCCAACACUACAUAGUUAUGUUGGGAUCAAUUGUCAUGCUAGCUUCUUUUCUCGUCCCUCUGAUGGGUGGAAACCAUGGAGAUAAGGCACGUACUAUUCAGACACUUCUGUUCAUGAGUGGGAUUAAUACCCUUCUCCAGACAUUGAUCGGAACACGGUUACCCACUGUGAUGAACUCAUCUUUUGCGUUCAUCAUCCCUGUCAUGUCAAUUAUCAGAGACUUCAAUUCACGGGCCUACAAUGAUGAACACCAGAGAUUUGUCCAUACUACGAGAACCAUUCAAGGAGCACUGAUAAUUUCUUCGUUCGUCAACAUAUUUAUUGGGUACACCAGAGCAUGGAAAAAACUCUUCAGGUUCUGCAGUCCUGUGACUAUAGUUCCUGUAGUUUGUGUUGUGGGUCUUGGACUGUUCGAGCGAGGCUUCCCUCAGCUAGGAAAAUGUGUUGAAGUUGGAUUGCCAGUGCUGAUAUUGUUAGUAUUAUUAGUUAUCGCCCAACAGGUAAGGGGUUCACAGAUCAACCUAUUUGAUAAUUGUUAUAUAAUGCUGACAAAUAGCAGACUCACCCAUCCGCAUCCUCUACAGCAUACGAAGCACGUUAAUGAGAGAGCUUACUUUGUGCUUGAGAGGUUCUCAAUCAUUUUCUGUGUCAAAAUUGUAUGGGCUUUUGCUGCUAUUCUUACUGCUGCUGGUGCAUACAACAAUGUCCCCGAGAAGACCAAGUUGCAUUGCCGUACUGAUAGAUCAUACUUAAUAUCAUCUGCUCCAUGGAUUAAGAUCCCAUACCCAUUUCAGUGGGGUGCUCCCAUAUUUGCUGCAAGUCACGUAUUUGGGAUGAUGGGUGCAGUACUUGUUUCAGGUCUUGAGUCUACUGGAGCCCAUUAUGCAGCUGCUCGGCUCGCAGGUGCUACACCACCUCCUGCAUAUGUGCUAAGUCGAAGCAUUGGCCUCCAGGGUGUUGGUAUGCUUCUUGAAGGUAUAUUUGGUGCUGCAGCUGGUUCGACUGCAUCAGUUGAAAAUGUUGGACUUCUGGGAUUGACACGCGUUGGAAGUCGGAGAAUCGUGCAGAUAUCGGCUGGUUUUAUGAUAUUCUUCUCCAUCUUCGGAAAGUUCGGUGCGUUGUUCGCUUCAAUUCCAUUACCAAUAUUUGCAGCAGUAUACUGUAUUCUGUUGGGACUCGUCGCUGCUGUUGGUGUCUCAUUUAUUCAAUUCGCCAACAACAACUCCAUGAGGAACCUGUACAUAGUGGGCCUUUCACUUUUCCUUGGUAUAUCUGUUCCUCAGUACUUCAAUGAAUUCACGGCUUCAGCGGGUCACGGACCAGCUAAAACAAAUGCUGGAUGGUUCAAUGACAUAUUAAAUUCUAUCUUCUCGUCGGCUCCAACAGUGGCAUUUAUAGUAGGGAUAGUGCUGGAUAACACACUGGAGGCCCGGACUUCUUUCUCCGACAGAGGGUUCUUAUGGUUGAAUCCUUUAAACAAGAAUGAUGCCAGAAAUGAAGAGUUCUAUAGCUUCCCUAUCAGAGUGCAUGAAUGGAUGCCGACCCGUUUCCUUAGAUAAUAUUGCCAGCCUCCAAACAUGUAAAUUGCACAUGUAUGCAUUCUCCAGAGUUUAUUCUAUAUGUGCUCAUACAUGCUGAAAAUUUAUGUCUGAUCCUUUACAUACCAAAUGUUUCUUAGUCAAAUUCUUCUGAAGCACUUCAAAUCUGGAAUUCAUGAUAAAGGUAGUUAUAUCCA